GGGACAGUUUGUUUACGCAUGUGUUGGAAACAUGCAUUUCCGAUUGCCCUGACAAGUUGAAGGAAAUUUGUUUUUUUGCAUUCUAAUGAUGCUGUAAAAAAAUUAUGAACAAUGUCAGCUAGAAGUCAUGGAGAUGAUUUGAGUCUCACUGGCUCUCAGAUAUCAACAAGAUCAUCUCUGAAGAAAUCCUCCUCAGCACGUCAGCUGAAUCGCCCCAGCUCUGCAUCAAGUGUAAAAACACAACUGGGGGAUGGAGCUAAAUCUGAGAGUGUUAAAAGAAAUACAUUUCAAGGUCAGGGUAAUAUAAGCCAGAGGAGUGAUUUAUCUUCAGUGAGUAAAAAAAGUACGGGAAAAGGAAAGUCACCAGGAGAGGACUUCCUGGCUUUGUUUGAAAGCUCAAUUCAACCAAAGAUAAAAGCACCUGCUGCAAAGUCCAAAAAGCCUGGACCCAAUGCUGUCAAAGUUUUAUGGCAGCAACCCCCAAAGAAAUCUCCGUCUGAUAUUGGAAUGAAUGGAGAUGGUAAUAUUUCUCCAAGUCCUGUACAAAAUGUAUUCCAGCGACACACAUAUCGCAGCACUGAUGACGAAUCAGAUGAAGAUAUUCUGUCUUCUAGCUAUAGCAAAAUUCAAGCAUUACAGCAGCUUCAAGCUCAAAAACAGAAACCUCCCUCUCCAGGUGACAUUUUAGGAAAUCUUGAUGCCCUCGUGAGAAUUAAGUCACCAACAGGAAAUAAAGACAUUAGUGAUGAUGUGACUGGAAUUCACAAACAGAACGUCCCUAGUUCCAAAUCAAGCAGUGUAACAAGGGCUUCUAAAGGUGCUAAUAACUCUGUGCCAUCAUCUAGUGGAAUUGCAAAUAACAUGGUGGUGAAAGGUAAAUCACCAAGGACCUCUUUUACCUCCAUAGAAAACUCCUAUCAGAACAUUAAACAUAAAAUGCCAGUUAACCAGGUGAAAGAAAGGCACAUCAAUAGUGGUGCUAGCAACACUCAGACUUCUGUAGGUAGAAAUAUAGCUGAGGACUACAUACAAACAUUAAACUCUGCUGCUACUAAAAUUCAGCGCUAUUACCGUAAAUAUCGACAGAAAAACGUUAGUGCCACUGGUGAUAGUGCACGACAGAAGGCAGGUGCUGCUGCUUUGAAACGUCUCAUGCAGCAGAAAAGACAAGAGGUACGGGACAGUCAUAACAAACUGGACUUAUCUUUACUGUCUGAAGAAGAUUCAGAGAAAAAGAAGAUAGAGGACAGGAAAAAGACUCGUGAGGAGAAGGCACGGCAGGCGAGGUUACAAGCCAUCCAGGAUUUGCAUAAAAAGCGAGAAGAAAAACGGGAGGAAAUCAAACGUAAAGCUGAGGAAGAAGUAUCGUAUCUACAAGCCAGUGGUAAGAUCACCAAAACUCCAUACAAAACUAACCUAGGAAAAAAGAAACCAGAUAAAACUAAGAAGGAAACUAACAAGGAGAAAGAUGACAGUGCUUCUGAGCCUGCUUCCAGUUCACGAUCACUGCCUCAGAGUUCUCAGUCCGCCAUAUCCAGUGCCAGAACUGUUAGUACUCUUAGAGGAGACCAGACAGACUCAGAACUAGAGUCAGCAAGUAAUGUGCAGCAGGUGGACACAAAUGGUCUGGACAGCAACAGGGAACCAAUUCCAGGCAGUGAGGCAGGGACCAAGUCAACCCUGAAUGACCUUCUGGAAACUCUGAAAAAACUGGAGGAAGAGGAACACCUGGAACCUUCCAAGCCAGAGAGGAAAAAUGCUUGGUUGGAUGAGAUUGACAAGGAACUAGAUAAUAGUAAUCGUCUAACUGAGGAUCGCUUAAGGGAGCUUGGUCAGUCCAAAGAUGGUCCAAGUCACAAAGAAAGUUACCUCUCUGAUGACAAACUUCGCAGUAUCAUGUCCUUUCUAGAUGAGGUGCAAGUGUCUGACAGAAUUAGUGCUGUAGAACAGGAAUUAAACAAGGUGUCACAAGAUUUUGAGAUCCCACCUCCCCUAGUCCCAUCAGCUGAUGAGCUGGCUGACCUUGAGAAUGCUCAGGCUGCAGCUAACGAGGUGACUAGUACAGUUCUCUCUCAGAGGCUAGAUCUGGAGGAGAAAAAGAGAACCAUCACUAUGUUACAGAAAGCUCUGAGUCAACAAAGAGAAUUGACAAUCAGGCAUGCCAGAGAGACAGAGAAGGAAAUGAAGAAGCGACUGGAUGUUCAGAAAGAUGAAUAUGAAGAAACAAUCAAAAGACAUUUAUCAUUUAUAGAUCAGCUGAUUGAUGACAAGAAGAACCUAAGUGAGAAAUGUGAAAUGUUGGUCAAGGAGCUGAAGACAGUGGAUAAGAAGUAUCAGGAUAAAAUAAAGACCAUCGAAGAAAAACAUGCUAUUGAUGUUCAGAAGAUUAAAGAUAUGCAUGAAGCAGCUGAAAAGUUGAGACGAGAAAGAUGGAUUCAAGAUAAGACAAAAAAGAUCAAGGAAAUGACUGUCCAAGGGCUGGAACCAGAAAUUCAAAGACUGAUAGCUAAGCAUAAAAAUGAAAUAAAGAAAAUCAAGCAGAUCCAUGAGGCUGAGAUCCUGGAAUCAGAUGAGAGAGCUGCUCAGCGGUAUGUUAGAAUGACAGAGGAACUCCGUGACCAACUAGCCAAAGAAAAAGAGGCAGCCUGCGCAAGGGAAAGGGAACUAGCUAAACAAAGAUAUGAAAAAGAACUACAGAAUGAGGAGGAGGCGUACCAGCAGCAGAGGCGUCGCUUGUAUCAGGAGGUACAGGAGGAGAAGGAACGCGUGUCUCAGCAAGCAUCGCGACAGCGCACCGAGCUGGACAAGCUUCAAAGACAGCUGGAGGACAGCCACGCUUUAGCUCUGGCUGCCAUGAAGUCUGAAUUUGAGAAAGCUAGGGAAGAGCAGGAAAAUAGACACAAUACUGAAAUUCGAGAACUAAAAGAAAGGCUAGCUGUAGAGAAAGCCUCAUGGGAAGAAAACUACAUGAAGAAACAGGAGACAUGGAUGUUACAGAAAGAACGUGAACUGAAGGACCAGGUGAGACGAGACAGGGACAAGGAGAUUGAGUUUGUUAUCUCGAGAUUGGAGGAGGAUGCCACUGCAAGCCGUGAGGAAACGGAAAAAGCUGCAGAUAACAAAAUCAGGAGAAUCAGAGAGAAGUAUGAAUUGGAGAUGAAAGACCUAGAAAGAUCAGAACAACAAGCUCUUGAAAAAUAUAAUGAGAUGAAGGCUCGGUUGACAGAAGUGAGUGGAGAGAAUGAAUGCCUGGUGGUCAAACUGAAUCAAAAGGAUCAAGAGAUAGAAAAUUUACAAGAGCUUACAGACAAAAUGCACAGAGAGCGUGACAGAGUUUCAGACAUAAUUCGACAGGAAUUUGCAGACAGACUGGUGGCAACAGAUGAAGAAAACAAACGAGUGAAAAAUGAAAUGUCAGAAAUGAAGGCAAGACAUCGGAUAGAGCUGGAUAGAUGUAAAGAACAGAUAGAGGAUGUACGUAAACAGAAAGAUGAGGAAAUGGAAGAAGUCCACAAAAGGGUGAAGCAAGCCAUUGUGAAGAAAGAAGAUGUGGUGACCCAGUUAAGAGAACAGUACAGCGCGGCCCAAAAGAGGGCGGACCACCUCGAGGGUCUCCUCCAACAGCAGAGGAAGCAGUUAUUAGGCAAAAAAUAAUGAUAAUAAUAAAAAUAGAUCUCAUGCUGACAUUCAAAGCCAUUUCAAAGCUUUACUGACAUGUUGAACAUCACAGGGAAGUGAUAAUGGAAGAUAACUUAUUAAGAGAUGAUGUUGCUCUUGACAAGAUAUCGGACAACAUUGUUCCCCCAGAGUUGUUGCUUUAUGACAUGAUACAAGGAUAAGCCACCAAGUCUCACUGUAAACCCACAUAGAGACAUACAGCCACAAAGGAUUGUGUUCCAGAAUGGAUCUUUUUUCUAUUUUAAUUAUUUUAGGUAAAUUGUAGAAACCUGUAUUAGAAAACGUAAUUUAAUUUUAGUAUAAAUGGAAGAGGUACUGUACAGCAGGAAAUUAACUCGCGGAGUUAAUAUUCGCUAUAUUAGCGGAAUUAAAAAUUCUGCUAACUCAACCUACAGUGAAUAAAUCUUCAAAAAUUGAUAAGGAUAAAUUGAAAUAUUACCGAUUUCUGUGAUUAGAUUCGUUAACUCUAUUUGUGUUUCCUUGCAGAGAUGUAGACUGUCUUCCUAAUUAUGCGGGUGAACGGAACAUGCAGUUGUUGUUUUUUUAAAGCCUAAUUGAUAAAUAAACAUCUAUAACUAACAUUUAAUUCUGCCACCCAGUAGAGGUGUGAUGUAAUUAUCUAUAAAACAUGUUAGAUUUCACCUGCGUGCGUAUCAAUCAGUCUUAUUGUCUUUAAUCAAGGCACUUACUUAGUAAAGACAACACUAGUAGGUGUGUUCCCGUUUUGUACACAUUUGAUAAUUAGGUAUAGAACAAUAGGUGUGAAAUAUGUUUCGAUAGCAAUUAUAGUCUGAACUUAGUCUGGUAUUUAAUCAGGUUCAGAAUCGACACCAUACGUGAGGACAAUACUUGCAGUGCUGAAAAAGUUUUUGUGUAAUUUUUCCUUUCCGUGAAUUCAAAUGACCGCGAUUUGAUGCAAAUUGAACAAAUUGCAAUCUUUUCCGACCACGAUUUUAACCUGCUGUACAGUAGUUGUGGCUUAGAUAUUUCACUGAGAUGGUGUUGAAUUAUCAUGAUCAGUUUCACCAAGUUCAAGUAAAUUAAACAUAUUUUUGCAUGGAUUAAAAUCAAUGUACAAUGCAUAAAUGAGAGGAGGUUCAUUCAGUUUCUUAUGGUGAGUUGCUGCCCUGUAGAUGCACAUGUGUAUACAUGUACAGGUGUAGUAGGACAUUUUAAUCAAGAAACAUGGACUUUCUAAAUAUAAUAUUUUUUUACCUUCAUACAUGAACUUGUAAUUAUCUUAAAGUGCUAGUAUGUUUCUACCUGAAAUGUUUAGUAGACAUUUUUUUUUCCCACAUAGGAAAUGUAGGACAAUUAUAAUUGGAAUUUUUAUGUACCCGUAUUUCAGUUUGCUUUAAUUUUAGCUCUUGAUGUUAUACCAAUGAAAUGUGAUGUGAACUGUAAAUCCAUCCAAACUCAAAUCUGUGAUAUUAUUUAUUUCAUCUGAAUUUACAUGUGUAUAGAAGCAGAAAUUCUCCUUUGUUGAAAUGUUUUGACUUUAUACAAAAAAUCUUAAUUUUUUGGUCUCUUAAUUGCUAAUAAGUAACAACCAUUGGUAUCCCUGGUAACAUUUUUUAAGGAUUUAAUUUUAUUGUAGAAAUUUAUCCACAAAAGAAACAGGAAUUAUCCUGCUUCUACAGUAUUAAGUGUCUGUCAGAAUGGAGUUUGUGUGUAAAGAUGACCUCUGAGCAGUAUAUAUAUAUUAUUUACCAUAAAUCUUGAAAACUUUUCUAUGAUGGCUUCUCAUCUGACAGUAUUUUUUCUCCUUUUAAUGUUACAUAACUCGUAUUCAUUCAUUGAUCUGAAGAUUUGAAUCUCUGAUGAAUCCCUCCCUUCAUACUUUAGAUCCAUUGUAGGGGGAAUGUUGUGGUUUAUUGAACGUUUCAAAAUUGAACUAGCUUUCAAGAAAUAUUCAUAGAUAGUUUUAUGAAUGAAAUGGUUGUACUCAAAACUUUGCACAUUCCAACUUAUAUCCAAAGGAUUUUUCCUUCAGAGAUAUUUCAGUGGAAUAAGGUAACUUUGUGUUGUUUGAUGAACAUUUUGUUAUACUAAUUAUUUACUGACUAGUAGUUUUUUUUGUGAGUAGUUGGAUGCUGGCCUAAAUAAACAUUUUGUUAUGUUUUAGACAACAAUAAAUUACAGUACAGUAUUAA